AUGGAUUCCUUUACACGUCAGCGAAGGGGCUCUGGAGGAAGGGAUAUCGAGGUCCCUGCUGGAGCUUCUGAGCCAGAUUAUCAGGCAGCCUUGGGCCAAGAGGACAGCGAGCAACAGCCUGCACCUGUACGUCUGGGAGAAAUGUCUCCGGGCAUGUUGGAGCAGGGCGGGGUUCCGGCAGAGCCGGAGACGCCUGCCAACUUGUUUGUGGCAAGUCCUUUUCAUUCUGAGAAGGUGAAAUCAGAAGUGGAGCUUCUCAGAUCGAGACCGGCGACGUUGGAUGAUGACGGAAGGCGUGCUGGAAUCGAUUACGAUGAGGCAGCUCUUGGAGAUUCGAGCUUUUUGAGUGGCGGCAGGGAACCGGACUAUAGCUUAGCUGGCCAUGGAUCUCGUGGAGGAGCUCCUAAGCUGGCCCGAGUGGAGAUAGCAGGCGAGCAUGCUGUUGAGCAGUCUGGUGAAGCCGAGGAGCAAAAGCCUGGCAUAGUUGAGGUGCAACCUGAGACUGGGCGAGGCUGGGAAAUUACUGGCAAGGGUCGGGGUGCAAAUCCGAGGGAUGGAUCCGCGAGCACUUUUGCUGGUGAGAAACCGGGAGCUUCAGACGCUCGAGAGCUCAUUCCUGACUCUGGUUUUUCCAGGAUGGAACAGAUGAUGUUGCAAGUGAUGCAGGAGAAUGCUGCUCUGCGGCAGAGACUGGAAGCGGUGGAGUCUCAGUCAAGCGGCCUGAGUGGAGGAACCUGUGUGACAGCGCUCGAAGCUCAGGUCAGUUCGCCGAUGUCUUUCGCUGGGAAUGUACAGAGUUGCGUGGCCGCGCCACGAGAGAAUCGUCUUGUACAGAUGCCGAGUGCGUUUCCGGGCAACGAUUUCCAAGGAUAUUUGGCUGGCGUUGAGGAUUUUGCGCGUGGGGAAAAGGGGAUACCGAGUCAAGGCGUUCCAGGGUCUUCUCCCACUGUUGCAGAGGGGAUCUCGUCCUUUAGCGCUCCUGGGGCAUUUCCUGAGGAACCAGCGAAGUACAUUAUCGACCUGCCUAAGCUUGCUGCUGCUGACUUGACCACUAGCGCCGUAACAUGUGGCAACUGGCUUGCGCAGACACGCCAGGUUUUCGCGGGGCUUUCGCCGUCAGCGUCUGUUUGGUUCAGCUCGGUUGAGGGCGCGGCUAAUGCAAGCUAUCAGCGUUGGCUUGUAGCAGAUCCGUUGGAACGGCUAGCUCUCGAUCCCUCCACGGUUGUUGCUCACUAUGAUGCCGUCAAGUACCAGCGCGUAGAAAGUAGGGCAGCUGAGCGCGAGUCUCUGGCCAUGACUGUUGAGUCUCCUCCGGAUAAAAAGGCCAGAGCUGCUGCUGCUGCUGCUGCCGCUGCGAAGGCCCCAGACCCCAAGCUUCCCAGCACAUCUGCAUCUUCUCAGACGCCGAGUCCCACUGUGGCAGCGGUAUUUGGAGAGGCGGACGCUGGUAAAGGCAAAGUAGGUGCUUGGCUUGUGGUCAGAGCGGACACUACCGGCCGGACUGUCCGAUUGUCCCAGCAGAGCUCAGACAGGAAUUCUGAAGCCUCUAGUGCUUCGGGUGCCAAGGAAGCCUUGUUUGCUGAAGCAGCCAAGCUUUUGCAAGGUGCAAGCGCAAAGGUUUUGAGGGUUGGCGAGUGGAACAUAGAUGAGACUUGGCUCUGUAGCGCUGUGAGUGCAUCCAAUCUUGAGUAUGCCUUGAUUGACUCUGGUGCCACAAACGCCUUGAGGUUUGCUUGUUCUGAGGAGCUUCGUGGGGCUGAGUCCAUUCGGGUUGAUCUGGCAUCAGGUGUCACUGAAUUGCACGUCAACGAGUAUGGGACCUUGCUUAGCCCUGUUGAUUGCCAGCUCAUAUUGCCUGCCGGGUACUUAGUCAGUAUGGGUUACCGCCUGAAGAAGUGGAAGGGCUCCGUGAGGCAUAUGGGUUGUCGCCAGCGGAGUCAUUGGCGAUCUCGGAUCACCACCUUGUACUCUUUGAGUGUCGACAUUGCUGGACCGUUCAAGGAUGGUCGCAGUUUUGACCCGAUUGCGUCUGGCAGGGAUCGUGGACGUGGCUAUAAGUACUUCAUUGCUGCAGCGUACUCGAUACCCUUGAGUCCCGAGUUGCGACCUGAUUUGAGUCCUCCUGAUGAUCUAGCUGAGUAUUGUCCUUCUGAGUGUGAGCAAGAAGCUGCAGGGGUAGGACCUAUAGCCGAUGAGGCGUCUGAGGAUUGCUCUGAGUGGCUGGACGGGGUACAUGAGCAGCUCCUGGCCCUGAUUUACCGGGGAACGCUGCAGACGGGGCAGAAGAGGUUGGAGUCGUUUGGGUACCCUGUUCACCGCUACUUCGCAGACCGUGCUAAAGAGCUGAGGAGCCAUGCUUUGAUUCAGUGGCUUCGAGAACGCGGCAUUCGUGCCUCAUUUACCGCAGGAGAGGAUCCUGCUGGAAAUAAGGCAGAGGUCAGUGUCCAGCGGUUGAAGCAAGAUGCCAGGAAACUCCUUCGCGUUGCCGAUCUGCCAAUCGAGUUUUGGCCAUUUGCUAUUCUUCAUGCUUCGCAAAGACACUUUGUGCAAAUGGCUGAGGCUUUGGGUGUGGGACAGGCUGUCCUUUUACCGUUUGGGGUAUGGUUGCAUGCGCGAAAGCGUUUGAAGUCGGGUCAUAAGAAGCAUUGGGAGACACGAACUGAUGGGUCCGAGCAGCGUGUUUUGCUAACCAACACUGUCUACCCUGUUGAUCCUUUGACAGUUGAUGGUACGACCGUGAAGCUUCUCUUUGGAGAUUCUGGUGUUUGGCUGGGAAAUAAGCUUGAGACUGGUGACUACAGCACGGUUGAGGCAUUAGAGGAUAGGUGGGUGAUUGCUGCCUAUGCUCCUCGGGGUACAUGGAAGAUUCUGAACGAAUACGCUCGUGAGCUUGAGAGCUUGGGGUUCGAUUCUAAAGGGUUGGAUCACCUUUUCGCUGCAGAGCGUGCUUCGAUUUCAAAGUUUAAUGCUGAGGGUGAUGAGGACUUGACCUCUGAGGGGCUUUGGGAAGUUGAGUUUCCUUGUGAAGUGUUGAAGCCUGGUUGGCGUGAGCACGUUUUAAGAAAUCACCUGUCCUCAGCUUUGGCGUGUAAAGCCCUUGUGAAGGAGCUUAGCUGUUUUGGAAAUGAUGAUGUAGGCUACGAAUUGAUUCGGACCUUGAAGUCGGUUGAAUGCCAGCGCGAGUGGUAUGAGGGACUUCUGUGGGAUGACUUUGUCAGGAAUUCUGGGAGUAUGUUAAAGGCUUUGAAUCAGGAUGUUCCUCUGAACCCGGAAGACCAAACCAGCCCUGCCGAAGCUUUUCUCCAAACGAGGACAGUAAGCUUAGCUGAGGCAAAGGGUGAAUUGGUGCUAUGGAUACCUUCGGCUACUGAGGAAGUUGUCUCUUUGGAACAAACGAAUGAGGCUGUUGAGCGCAUUGUCGUGUCGGACAUUGAGCGGUUGAUUCAAGAAGGAAAAAGGGUAACCCAGGUUCCAGGAAAGGCAGUCCUAACCAGGAAGGCUGGUGUUGGGAAACGCCGAUUCAGGUGUGUCGCGUGUGGGAACUACAUCCCCACUGGCUCUCCUGAUUCCAACAACCUUUAUGCGAGUGGCGUUGAAAGCUUGACUGUCAGAACGGCAUUAGGUUUUGCUGCUUACCGUGGUUGGGCAGCUUUGAGCGCCGACAUAAGGACGGCCUUCCUUCACGCGCCGUUGGACGGCGAGCUUGAGUCCGAAGAAAUUAUCAUUGUCAGGCCUCCAUCUAUUCUUGUAGACAUGAAAAUUCUUUCCCCGAAUCAUCGAUGGCGCGUGCGUAAAGCACUGUAUGGGUUACGACAAGCUCCCUUGGCUUGGGCCCGGUUCCGAGAUAAGUCAUUGCGGGUGCUGACCUUUCAGUGUGACGGUGCAUGGUAUGCCUUGCAGCAGGGUGUCAGUGAUGAUUCGCUUUGGUUCAUCACUAAAAGCGAGAUUGCCGAGGAUGACACUGAGCGUUGGCAUGGUAUCUUGAUCAUUUACGUUGACGAUCUUUUGGGUUUCGCUUCAUCGGUGAUCCUUAGUGCCCUUUUCGAUGAAAUACAGAAGCUGUGGAAGCUUUCGGAACCCGAGUGGAUUCGGGAGGAGGCUGCCACUAAGUUCUGUGGGUUGGAAAUCCAGGCCCUACAACGAGGAGGGUAUCGCAUAUCGCAGGUUUCCUAUUUGCAGGAGCUUUUUGCAAGAUACGACGUCACAAGCAGUGCAAGUGCGCCCUUGAGUAAUUGGACUGAUCCGGAAAAUGAGCAACAGGUGCAGUUGGAGACUGUCCGGAAGGCGCAAGCCCUGACAGGUGCUUUGCUUUGGGCUUCGUCGAAAACCAGACCCGAUAUUGCUUUUGCUGUCAGUAAACUUGGGCAAUAUGCUGUGAAGGCGCCAAGCAUUGUGAUUGAGAGCGGGCAUCAAAUCCUGCGCUACUUGUAUGGUACGGCGGACCUGUGGCUGGAAUACCAGAAGCCAAGCGACAAUUCCUGGCUUGACGCUCCGGUUCCUCGAACUUUAAAUACUCUGGAGUUGUACACCGACGCUUCCCAUGCCCCUAACGGGGGGCGAUCUUGCCAAGCGAUGGUCAUCCUAUGGGGAGGAAAUGUGUUAUGCUGGGAAUCCUGUCGUCAACCGUUUGUGACUCUGUCCUCUACGGAGGCAGAGCUAGUUGCAGUCACCGCCGGAAUAGUUGCUGCAGAAUCAAUUGGGGGCAUCAUUGAGGAAAUGAUCGAGUCCGACAUCACGGUCUCUGCCUUGUGUGAUAACCAGGCAGCGGUAAGGUUGUCUUCCAGCUUCGGAUCCCAGGGAUCUGUCUCUCCCCGGACCUUAGCGGGUCUUGCAUUGGUUGCUGUGUUGUCUGGUGAUGGGUCUGAACAGUUCUCUGAAACUGAAUUGCUGGAGGCGCAGCGCAAACUUCAGGUUCCUCCGAGUGGUGUUGAAAGCUUGACUGUAAGAACGGCAUUAAGCCUUGCCGCUUACCGGGGUUUGGCAGCUUCGAGCGCCGACGUACGGGCGGCAUUCCUUCACGCGCCGUUGAACGGCCAGCCUGAGUCCGAAGAGAUUGUCACUGCGCAGUCUCCAUCCAUUUCCGUGCUGAAUCUCCUUGACUUAGAAGAUGACCCUACUCCAGAUGAUAGGCCCCAUAGAGCUGUAAGUCCCCGGGUUCCUGUAGAAGGUCAAUUUUUCCUUGGGGAAGGGUGGUCUUCUUCUGAAAGCGAAAGCGGAGAUUCGACAACUGAGCCGUCGAUAUUUUCUGUGUCUAGCGGAGAUGCUGCUGUCGAUGAAGAAGUAUGGGUUAUUCAUGAUGCCGAGGCCAGACUUGCCCAGGCAGACGAGCCACAACCUUUAGGAGUGAACUUCCGAGCUGAGCAUGAAGUGCUAAUAGGGACCUAUGCUGACGACGAGGUUAGUAUAGCGCUUCAGGGAUGGUCCCAGGCUGAGGUUGAGACUAUUGUUACCGGGCUGAAUGAGGGUGAAUGGACGAGUGAUAGGCGCUGGGUCGUACUUCUCUAUGUUCUCUGGUUAGUCCUGGGCGGCAUUCUUCCUAGUUCUGCAGAGGUAGUAACCUAUGGGGAUGAACCGGUUUCUUUCGGCAGGUGGGAUGAACCGACUGGUAGCUCCACUGGGGUUGGCGAUGUGUGUCUGGAGGAUGAGCAAGGGUCUAGCUCUGAAGAAGCCGGGAGCUGGGACUGGUGGCUGUGGGUUGCCUGCGUGAUUGGAAUCUGGGAAAUCGUUCGUGCCUUAUCUCUUCGUGUGUGCAGAAGUAGAAAGACAGUGCAGGAUCAGGCAGUCAGCGCCGAAACGGUGCCGUGGCCUUUGCAUCCAGGUAUCCCUCACCGAGCGAACAUCUUGUACUGCUACUGGCGUGCAGGAUACGUGUUUGACGUACAAGAAUAUCCUGAAGCGGUUCAAUCACGAUUUUAUGGCCUCCUAGGCUCUCACCUUGAGAGGCGUGACAGAGAUGGCUUGUCCUCCACAGACUCUUCUGAUUGA